GUAAAAAAUUGUGACUAUUCAAAUUCGUGGUUAAAUUUGCAAUUUAAUUCCCCACACUUGCCGUGAAUUUUGAGCUCAAGCCAUUUUAUUGGUGUACUUCGUGUUCAUUCGUUCUCCAGCAGCAGCUGAAAGCAUACAAGCGUGGUUAGUGUUAGUGGUCUUUGCACAACAUCCAUAAGAUGUGUGCAAUUCGUACAUUAUUUAUUAACUAAAAUAGUGAUUAAUACAAUAAUAAUAAAGUAUGAAAUGUGAGCCUAAAAUUAAUACGCAUAAGUAGUCACAUCUGUGGAUAAAUGAAAAACAAAAACACACUUAAAAAGAAUUGAAUGAAUAUAUGUGGAUUGUAAUGACUUUUUUUCACUCAAGAAAUGAACAAGCCAAUUCCACAAUAGCAUGAAAACAAAGCAAAACAACAAAAACAAUCCACUGCAAAAUUGUACGAAAAUGGAAAAACGUCAAAACUGCUAAACGCGAAGAGCAAGCAGGAAGAGAUAAAAAGGGUCGUGUAGACAUUUUAAAGCAAAUUAAAUCAAUGAAAAUUGCUUAGUACAUAAAUUAAAAACAGUUGGUGCCGAAGUGGAAAGUUUGAAAAAGAAGAGAAAAUAAUAUUCUAUAUAAUUUAAUAUUUGUUUAAUGAAGUUUUAAAAUUAUUGUUAACGAAAACACAGAUUUUACGUCGAACAUAUUUGAUUUAUCAUGGCGGAGUCAUCUGCUCUUUCUCCUGCCUCAAUUAACGGUAACGUUGCCGUAGAUUUGCAUACAAAUGUGAGUGCGCCCACUCUGAACGACAACUCGAAUGGUUCCCUGGAUGUGAAUUUCACACAUCACGUUGGCGAAGUGGGCGUGGAUAUGCAAUGCCCUGCUACGCCACGCUUAAUACAAAAGUUACCAGAUUUCACAACCAGCAAUAGCGAAUCCGAGAGUGAGGAACAAGCGCAAGUAACAACCAGUGGCACUAGCAAUGAAGUGGAACCUACGCGUGCAGCUUCGCCACCACCGAAUUGCGCAAUUUGUUUAGGUCGCUGUAAAAAUAAAUGCUUCACAGAUUCAUGUAUGCAUCAAUUCUGUUUUAAAUGCUUAUGCGAGUGGAGUAAGAUCAAGCCGGAGUGUCCGCUUUGCAAACAGGCAUUCAAAUCCAUAAUACACAAUGUCAAAUCCUUCGAUCAGUUUGAAGAGUAUCACGUUCCCCUGGCGCAGAUGCCAGGUCGUGGUGAUGUCAACUACAACCAAUUGCCAUACAUUGUCGAAAAUGUAGUUGUUGGACGCAGAGAUUUUGAAAUUGUUGCCGCCAAUUGGGGUGAUUCGCGCUUGGAUACUCUCAUGCAUACUCAUGUGUUCCCACAUUUCAAUGACAGAUAUCCAAGAACUCCGGGUAGAAGGCAACUGAAUAGCCUUGUACAAACACAAUACACACAUCGUGGCGAAGUGCUCAACAUGUACAGGCAGGAGAAUCCAGAUGGUACAAGUGGUACACUGAGCCAAUUAUGGCGACGCUACGUCUAUGACAGGAAAUUAUAUGCAUUGCCAGUUUAUGAUGUCACCGGCCGUAUGCGUGAAUGCAAUGCACGAUUUUAUAGAGAUAAUCCAGCACAGUUACAUCGUUUGAUGCCUUGGAUUAAUCGUGAUAUUGUUUGUUUGCUACGUAACACAGAUCAAAAUGUUACUACUGUACUAGAGAGCAUAAGUGAAACGUUGACACGUUUCGAUAUUAUCUCUGUAGCAUUUCGCAGAAGGGUGCAUUCAUAUUUGGGUGAGAAGACAGCACAUUUUAUACAUGAAUUAUCAACGUUCGCUCGUUCACCAUAUGAUAUGAUUGGCUAUGAUCGUGUAGUACAGUACGCACCACAAGUCACAGAGGAGCUUGUCGUUGAAUUUUCUUCAACGUCAGAGUCAUCGGAAGAUGAUAUGAUAGGAGUUGACAUUUUGUCAGACAGAAAUAGCCCACGAAAUUUUAGAGGAUUCAGCGAAUAUCGUGUACAGUCUCGCAGCGAAAGUAAUACUGGCCCCACAAGUUUAGUUAAUUUUUUAUCGUAUAAUGUUACACCCGGGCCCGAUAAUAGUGAAAUUACUGGUUUCUCUGCAGUUGGAGGAAGUGAGCGUAAUGCACAAACAAUUGCUAUUAAUUUGACAACACACAAUCGUUCCAAUGAUGAUAUUAUAGAUUUGGAUGCACUUGAACCGUCUGGUAGUGAUAACACUAUAAACAUACCUGCAAAUAAUACUGUUCCUGAACCUGCCGCAACAAUUACAUUUUCUGAUACGGGCGAUGAUGAAUGUGAAUUCGUAUUAGAACUAAAGCCCCCACACUUACGCACACCUGAAUUGGUGAGCUUAAAUUCUGAGUCUGAUUCUGAUGUUGUGUUUGUAAACGAAUCAAAAGCUGAAAAUCAAAGCAAAAAUAAUAAACCUGAAAAUAAUAACGAAAAUAUAAACGUUGGAGCAAGCACUUCAUCGGGAUUGCGUUCAAGUGGACGUCAGCGUUGGCAAAAAAAUAUGAACGAACAAAACAAAGUAAAAAGUAGACUCCGUCGCAGACGCAGCAUACGAGCUCGUAGUGAGCCAAAGAAUCGACCAGUUGGUAGUGAUACUUCUACACCGUUUUAUUCCUCAAGUAGUAGUGACGAAAGCGAUCAUACUCAGCAUGAAAAGAAGAGAGCAGCGGUUAGAAAAAUUGUUCAAAGAAAAGCGAGCAAUGUGAAAAGAUCAGCGCAACAAAAUUUGCAACCCGCUUAUAAUCAGAAAUCGAAAAGAAGAAAAGUUUCCUCAAGUGACUAUACGAGCGAAGAGGAUGAAGAAUUCUUAAGCGCACUAAAAAGACGAUUAGAAAUUGAAAAAGAAAAAUUAAAUGUGUCAGCUGGUAGCACAGUAAAAAAUGAACAAAACGAGAAUAUAAAAACGGAAGUUCCAAAAUAUACUUCAGAUAAUUACAGCUCGGAAAGCGAUGAGAAUGAAGAUGAUCGCUGCACAUUUAACGAAAACACCAAUAUAACAGCAACAACAGCUCAGGACUAUUGUUUAGAGUCUAAUCCAAUUGAAAAUGAGGUCGUAAAUCAUAGUACUAAUAACUAUGCUUUUAAUAACACAGUAAAUAUGCCAGAACAUUUUACGGAGAGUAGUUCAAAUCCCGACAGCUAUCAACGAGCAGCGGACGUAGAAAGAACUGAUGCGGCUAUUAUACUAACAAAUCUUAGUGCAACAUUAAGCAAUAAUAACAAUAAUAUUAAUAUAGAUACAACAAAUGCGGGAUUAUCACUUUUUGUGGAUACGUCGAAUUCAACAACUUCAACAUCAUCCUCAGAUUCGCUGUCGUCAGUCUGUUCGUCCACAUCCUCAUCAACAAUGUCAUCCUCUUUAUCAUUAGGCAUGCCCAGCAAUCAAGAGUGUUUACCAGAUCAAGCACAGUACUCAUUUGAUGCUAGAUAUGAUGAAGCAGCUGCAGUAUUAGCAGGUUUCGCUAAUACUGACAUGAGAUUUCAAACUACUAUGGCAGCUAGUACUGAUCACUUGUCCAACGACUCCGAAAGUAACACCUCAAACGAUAGCGAUAUUGCGUAAAAUUUGUACUCUCCAGUAACGUCUAAGAUUAAGGAUUUCGUUUAGUGAAAUAGUAACGUAACGUAACGUAAGUUCAUUUAGGUUAUCAAUUAGACUUCUGUGUUGUAUUUUUAUAUUCAAAUUUUUACCAGAAAUUUAAAUUUUUAUUCUUAAAGUUAAUAAUUAAGAUAUCUUAUUUUUUAUGAAAGAAGUGUAGAGUUAAAAUGAAUGCCUAGAGUUGCAAACCAAAAGUGGUAUUAGUAUCAUUCCAUUCAUCUUAGUCAUUGGACACGCGUUCUAAGUGCACAUAUGUAUGAUAGUGUGUAAUUAUGGAAGUGAGUGUAAUUUAUAUAUUUUAAUAAAUACUUUCAAGUUUUUGAUAUAUUUUCUUGAUGUUUGUGUCUCAUUUCCAAAAUCAAAUAAGACUAUUUGUGAUAAAAACAAUAGUAUUCACCAUCUUGACUAAUGAGCCUUGUUACCGAGAAACAGUGCAAACCGACCACAAUAAUUAAUCGGUUAACGAACUUGUAAAUUGAUGUAGCCAGUACCAAUAAUAUUUUGAGGAUUUAAUACUGCGCUAUAUUCUUAAUUUAUAAGAAGUUAUGUUCAUAUUUCAAAACAUUUAUCGCUGUUGGCGCAGGCUCACUACUAUUAACACACUGUUAACAAAAAAUGUUAGCAAGAAAUAUCAGAACAUCUUCUUGCGUAUUUAGAACCAAUGUUUCAAUUUAUU